UUGCUCUUCCCCACCAACUUCCACCAACUCCUCUCUCGCAUACAUACAACCCAUCAUGUCUGGUGCAGAGUCAAAGUUCCCCAUCGACCUUUCAAAAUUCAAAAAGCUCACGCUCGACCCGUCCAAGCCUAAGCUCACCGAUGAAGAGCGUAGAACUCUCAAGGACAACAUCCAGCUGUUGCGAGAUGCCAUCGUUCUCUUUACUGCGACUGGUGCCGCACGUGGUGUGAGCGGGCACACUGGUGGCGCGUAUGACACCGUCCCCGAAGUUGCCAUUCUCCUUUCGCUCUUCAACUUUAGCGACAAGUUUUACCCGGUCGUAUUCGAUGAAGCUGGACACCGUGUUGCGACUCAGUACUUACUCUCAGUACUUGAGGGUUCACUACCUGCCGAGCAUCUUCUGCACUACCGUGCGGCUCACUCCAAGCUCCCGGGACACCCGGAGUUGGGCCUCACACCCGGAGUGAAAUUCUCGUCCGGUCGGCUUGGUCACAUGUGGGCGCUGAUCAACGGCGUUGCACUUGCCAACCGCGACAAGACAAUCUUCCUCCUGGGUUCGGAUGGUUCGCAGCAAGAGGGAAAUGACGCCGAAGCUGCUCGUCUCGCUGUCGCCCAGAAUCUCAAUGUCAAGCUCUUUAUUGAUGACAACGAUGUGACCAUUGCUGGUCACCCAAGCCAAUAUCUUAAGGGUUACGAUAUUGGUAAGACCCUUCAAGGACAUGGUCUGAAGGUUGUCACGAUUGAUGGCGAAGACAUUGAUGCACUCUGGGGUGGUGUCUAUGAGAUCCUCAGCUCCAAUGGACCGGCCGCAGUCGUUUCCAAACGCAAGAUGGCGCCUGGCAUUGCCGCGAUCGAGGGUUCACCACAUGGACACGAUGUGAUUCCUGUCAAGGCUGCGAUUCAAUAUCUUGAAUCACGCGGCUAUCCAGCUGCCGUUGCAUCCGAUAUUCUGCUUAAUAUCAAGCCAACCAGCGUUCCAUACAUCUAUGUCGGUUCCACCCGCGAGAAUGCGGCGACGCGUGUUGAGUUUGGUGAAGCUGUCUCCCGAGUACUCGACGGCUAUUCGAAGGAAGAGAACGCCAAACGUGUACUGGUCAUCGACUCUGAUCUUGAGGGAUCCACUGGGCUUAAGGUCAUCCACCAGAAGCAUCCGGAGGUGUUCCUUCCAUCUGGCAUCAUGGAGCGCGGUAACUUCUCUGCGGCCGCGGGCUUCGGUUUCCAAGAGGGCAAGUAUGGUGUCUUCUCGACUUUCGCUGCCUUUUUAGAGAUGGUCGUUUCUGAAAUUACAAUGGCACGUCUAAAUAACUGCAAUGUCCUAUGCCAUUUCUCGCAUUCCGGAGUUGACGAGAUGGCUGACAACACCUGUCAUUUCGGAAUUAAUAACUUCUUCGGAGACAACUCCCUUGCUGAUGGUCAGUCAUGGCUCUACAUGCCUGGAGACGCACUUCAGAUGGAUGCCAUCGUCAAGCGUGUGUUCUUCGACCGCGGGAUUCGCUUCAUUUUCUCGACGCGAGCGAAGGUGCCAUUCAUCCUCAAGGAGGACGGUUCCAAGUUCUUCGGUGAUGAUUACCAGUUUGUCCCUGGCAAGGACGAACUCAUCGUCGAUGGUACCGCUGGUUACGUCGUCUCGUUCGGUGAGAUGCUCUACCGGGCGUACGAUGCUGUCCUGCGUCUGCGUCAACAAGGCAUCAACGUCGGUCUUGUCAAUAAGCCAACACUGAAUAUUGUCGAUGAACAAAUGAUCAAGAAAAUCGGUUCAAGCCCAUUCAUUCUGGUCGUCGAGUCGCAGAACCAGAAGACUGGUCUUGGUUCGAAGUUCGGGUCCUGGCUCCUUGAACGCAGCCUCACACCAAAAUUUGCACAUAUUGGCACCAUCAAGGAGGGCUGUGGAGGUCUCCAGGAACAGAUUCCGCACCAGGGCCUUGAUCCAGAAUCCAUCAUCACCAAGGUUAAGAUGUUCCAGCAGUAAACUCUGCACUCUAAUGCCUAGCCCUUCGUCACAUUUCUGUCGAAUUGCUCUUGAAAGACUAAUAGACUUACUGCAGAGAAGGUAGAAAGAAAGACUGGCCUCUCUUGCUUUGAUGCUUACCUAAAUGUAGACGUGUACACUAACGUACAGUAUUGAUGAAGAAAAACAAUAUAAAGUGUACCUUGCCUCC